CCAGGAAGCAGGUGAGCUAUAUAUCAUGCUCCAGUAAAGAAACCAAUUCACUUUCACAAGCAUCUGAAAGACGCAGAAGAUAUCUCCUACAUUCCAGAAAAGCAAAGAGAUGCUGCUGCUCGCUACGUUCCUGUGCCUUGCAGCCGUGCUGCAGCAAUCUUCUGGAGAGGAACCUGCAGAAAGUUAUAAUGAUCUGUCAACUGACAAGAUAGAUCAGCAAAAUUUGAUUGUGGAGAAACACAACACCCUCCGGAGAGAAGUGGACCCCCCUGCUAGCAACAUGCUGAAGAUGGAAUGGAAUACUUCAGCACAAGCAAAUGCUAAAAGUUGGGCAGAUGCAUGUACCUUAUCUCACAGUCCUGAAAGCUCUAGAACAACCGAUACAGUCUGCGGUGAAAAUCUCUACAUGUCAACUGCACCAAAUACAUGGUCAGAUGCCAUUCAGUACUGGUAUGAUGAAAGGAAAUACUUUGUGCAUGGCAGUGGGCCAAAAAGUCCAGGCGACGUGGUAGGCCAUUAUACUCAGGUGGUUUGGUAUAAAUCUUACCAGAUUGGAUGUGCGGUGGCUUUCUGUCCUCAGAAUAAAUACAAGUACUAUUACGUUUGCCACUACUGCCCUGCAGGGAACAUUGCAAGCUUACUUAGCACACCUUACAAAUCAGGACCACCAUGUGAAGACUGUCCUACAGCUUGUGAUAAUGGACUAUGCACCAAUCCUUGCAAGUAUACAGAUGUGUACUCAAAUUGUCCCGAACUGGCAAAGGUGUAUGGAUGCAACAAUCUUUUGGUGAAGGAAAAAUGUCUUGCUUCCUGCCGAUGCACCACUGAAAUCAAAUAACCAGUUUGAUUCAUACAUUUAAGAUCAUUCAUCUGGUGACAACAGUGGUUUUUACAAAGCUGAAGUCCAUCUACCAGCUUUUAUGAAUGCAGCCUUUCUGAUUUUCAGGGGGUAACUCACACGAGUAAAGGCUGAGGAUAGAGGCUUUCACUUACAUAUUCUAUCUUGAUUAAAUUUCGUUCUUGAAAAAAUGUAGCAUAUAGUUGUUCCUUGGUUGAAAUUGAACUUGGUACAAUAACAUUUAAUAACUUUUGGUGACUGGGAUAAUACUUUUCUAUCAAUUUCAACAUCAUCUUCUGCAAAAUACCAUUUAAAAUGCAAUAUAAAGGACUGUUCUGCAAAGAUAUAUGUGUCCAGGUCUUGUUCCUCCUAAUAAUCCCAUUGAUUUCAGUAGGUGAGGUACCACCAUCUUUGUUCACAUUGAAAAUCAACUUUCUGCCCAAAGGCUUCUUCUGCACAUUCACAUUUACUGUGCAGUAACCAAAAUGACUGCACAGUGCAGGCACACAUCUACACGUGCAUGCUAAUACUGUGCAGUACAUAUGGUGACUUAUGCUGACUUGAGCAUAUAUUUGAUACCUGCGUCACGCAGGUAUCAAAUUUACGCCCGGUUAGUUACUGCGCAGUAACACACGUGUAGAUGCUUUACUCUGCAGUAACGCUGUGUGGCUUGCUUAAGACUAAAGUUAGUUGUUAGACUAACUUUAGUCCCAAGUCAGUCCACGCACAGCAUUAAUGCACUUGAAUGCCUGCCCAUGUAGAUGCCGGCCUAUUUCUGCUCACUGAGCAAUAACUUAGUACGCAGUAAAUUUAAGCUUUCAUAAAUGUAGACGUGCCCAAAUAGUCCUAAAUAGAUGCCAUAGAGCAAAUCGAAUCUGUCAGGAUCUACUUAGUGGGUGCAUUUACAUGAGACAUUUCCUGCAAUUGCUGUAAACAUCUUGCAUGUACAUGUGCGGUGCGAUUAGGCCAUAGGAGCUAUUCCACAGCAGGGUAGUACUUGUAAAUAUAAGUACUAUCCUACUGAGGAGUUAUCUACUACACAGCAACACAUGUGUAAACACUGACCUGGAAGUAAAUUACUAUCAGCCCAGCUAGCAGGGGGGCACACUCAUUCCUAUUGCUUAGGCAUAUGGCUUGGCAAUUACAGGAGCUUUGUGGCCCAGUCAGCUGCUCUGCCCCUGAUGCAGUCACCUGCCACUCAGGCCUGACCCUUGUGCUUCCCUACCAGCCCAGGGCUGCCCCCAGACCUCAGGCCAUGCUGCACCCAGGAGUAGCUUACUGUGGAGCCAUUUGCCCUACAGUUUAUUCAAUCACAUUAAUUGUACACGUAGAUGCGCCCAGUGGGAAUAAAAGUAGCAGAGCUGUUCCCACCAGCACUACGUAGAAAUAAAGUCUGCCCCCUUUUUCUCAGAUCCAGUGUAACCUUAUUCUGCAAAUAGCAUCAGUGUCCUCACAGUGAGCUAAGGCAACAGAAUGUGACCUAUUGAAAUCAAUGGAUUUAUUCAUGGGUGGGGAACCUCCUGAUCGUGAGAAAGAAUGAAAAAAUCUGGCUCUUGGUAAAAGGAAAAAAAUACUGUUGAAGAAGAGGGCUCAGUGAACCUAUUUAGGUUGCUAACUAGUACUAAAGAGCAUAAGAAUCAUGGAACAGGGCCUAAAUCAGGGUAAUUGUUUUAAUGAGAAAUGGUAAGCUAUUGUCUGAAUUACUUUUCAUAUAUUUCCCAUGUCUGUCUUACUGAUUAAACUAUACUUUCAAUGCUAAA